AUGGCGCUGUUUUCAGCAGCAGCAAAAGGAGACGUCCUGAAGUUACAAUCAUUAAUCGACUCAGAAGACAAGUCAGAGGAUUCGGGAGGAGUUGAUGUUAACUGCUCGGAUACAACUGGCAAGACACCCCUCCACAUUGCUUCGGGAAAUGGAAAUUUGCAAACGAUUAAAUGGCUUUCCCAUCAUGGAGCAAAUGUUAAUUUGGUCGAUGCUAACCCACAGACAUCUGUUCACUUAUGCUCAAAGAAAGGGCAUCUUCAUGAGUUACAGCUGCUAGUGAACGAAGGAGCAGAUAUUGAAAUUGGUGACAAAGAUGGGUUUACAGCUCUUCACAUAGCAUCAUUCGAGGGCCAUCUUGAUAUUGUCAAAUACCUCGUUGAGAAAGGGGCACAGCUUGACAAAUGUGACAAAACCGACAGGACACCCUUGUCUCGUGCUUCUCAAAAAGGCCAUCUUGAAGUCGUCGAGUUUAUCGUGAACGAAGGAGCAGGCAUUGAAAUUAGUGACACGGAUGGGUUUACAGCUCUUCACAAGGCAUCAUUGAAGGGUCAUUUUGACAUUGUCAGAUACCUUGUUAGUAAAGGGGUAGAGCUGGAGAGACUUGCUAAUGAUUACUGGACACCUCUACACCUUGCUUUAGACGGUGGCCAUCUUGACAUAGCAGAGUACCUUUUGGCAGAAGGAGCCAACAUAAACACGUGUGGCACAGGUGGAUGUACAGCUCUACAUGCUGCAUUAAAAACUGGUAAUAUUGAUGGGGUGAAAUUUCUAAUGAGUCAAGGAGCAGAGCUGGAUAGAAGCACUGACGAUGGUUGGACAGCACUUAGUUUGGCUUCAUUUGGGGGACAUCUUGACAUUGUCAAAGGUCUCGUUAACGAAGGGGUAGAGGUUGACAAAUCACUCAGGAACGGGACAACACCCUUGUGUCUUGCAACAGAAGGAGGCCAUCUGGGUAUUGUCGAGGUCUUACUGAACGUAGGAGCAAAUAUUGAUAACUGUAAUCGAGACGGGCUAACAGCACUCCACAUUGCAACGUCCAAUGGACACGUUGAAAUAGUUGAUCAUCUUGUUAGGAAAGGGGCACAGCUUGACAAAUGGGCACAGCUUGACAAAUAUGACAAAACAGACAGGACACCCUUGUAUUGGGCUUCUAAAGAAGGCCAUCGUGAAGUCGUCGAGUAUAUCGUGAACAAAGUAGCAGGUAUUGAAAUUGGUGAUAAAGAUGGGAUAACAGCUCUUCACAUAGCAUCGCUGGAGGGUCAUCUCGAUAUUGUCAAAUCCCUCGUUAGGGAAGGGGCACAGCUUGACAAAUGUGACAAGAAAGGCAGGACACCCUUGUCGUGUGCUUCUCAAAAAGGCCACCUUGAAGUCGUCGAGUUUCUUGUGAACGAAGGAGCAGGCAUUGAAAUCUGUGAUAAAGAUGGGCUUACAGUUCUUCACAGAGCAUCAUUCAAGGGUCAUCUUGAUAUUGUCAAAUACCUCGUUAGCAAAGGGGCAGACCUGAGGAGACUUUCUAAUGAUAACAGGACACCUUCACGUCUUGCUUUCAAUGGCGGCCAUAUGGGUAUACACGAUUUUCUUUUAGAUAAAGAAGCAACAAAGAUCGUUAAGCCAUUCAUUGGGAUUGAAGAGGACCACUAUGACUACCUUCGCAGUACGUUCGGUAGUAAGGCUCUCCCUAGCUUAAUGCCCCGCCCAUACUCCCCACCAUACGAUCCAUCUCUUACCAGUCCACAAGACAGCUCUAGCUCCUCGAGGAAGAGUAUCACAGAAGAGACAAUGAUUAUAAGUCUGGACGAGUACAGCAUCAAGGUUCCACUUUCACCAGACGAUGUGGACAGAGCCAAAUAUAUCACAGCAGAAGCAUUGACAACCAUUCCACCUGACUUAAACCUGAACAAAGACGAAGUCAUCAUCUCAGUUGGGCUUAAGCUAUCCCCUCCUGGUCUUCAGUUUAAAACUCCGGUGGAAGUCACGGUCUCGCAUAGCGCUAUUUUCACCAACCCAGACAAAGCAGAAAUUGUGCUAUACACCCGAAGGACUGAGUCUGAUGAAUUUUCAAGGAUAGUUCCUGCUUCUGACAAAGCUGCUCGGUGUGUAGUCGCAAAGAAUCACCUUACUCUGUACUUAGACCAUUUCUCGGAAUGGUGGAUUAUCUCCUUAAUCAGGAGAUACUUCAUCGGUAAACGGCUCAUCUGUACGCCAUACGUUCCCCUAUCAACAUACAGAGACGAGUUGAACCGCAUCUAUCUCGUCAUUAAAGACGACUUCUGCGGCAUAAAAGAGGUAUAUUUAUCAUAA